AUGGCUCUCCUGCCGCGGCCGUCCCUCCGCGGCUCUGUACGACGGACCCCCGACGAGCCCUUCGACGACCAUCUCGCACCGCCAGCCAAGAAACAGCGCACUCUGUGGGAGACUGGCUUGCGCCGUCGCAAGAGCUCUCCUGACUGCCUCGACACAACCCCAAAUGAGGCCUUGACUGCCGACGCGCGACUCGCCAACCCUCCCUUGAAGACCGCGCGACCGAAGACAGCCAACCGUCACACUCGCAGAGUCUCCGCCUCCUCCAUCGAUACGGUCGCAUCGAACACUCAAUUGAAUGCCUUGGGAAAUUCCCAUGGGAACGGCAAUGGCGCCUUCAAGGGCCCCCGCGCGCCCGACCGAGAUGACCCCUCCGGAAAAGCCUCUGCAGAUUUACUACAUGGCGCUCGCGAGUCCCCGGACCCAUUGGACACCAUUUCGCCGGCUGCGAGUAGAGAUACCGUCAAGUCGCGCCUACGGGCGUUCUCUGGUGCCGCGGAGGCAGAGAACAAGCCCAAUAAUUCACCUAGUGCGACGCGCACCACUCGACAGACAGAACACGCGGCGGAGGUAGCCGAUACAGUCAAAGUAGAGCAACAGGAUGCAGCAGACGUAAUUCCAGCCGAUGUGACCACGCAGCCAAAUUUCAACAGCGAUACUGUUGAGAGCGACCAGCCUGACCAUGCGCCGACAGCAGAUGGCAGGCGUUCGUUGCGCUCGGCAGAUACUGGAUCGCGAUGUAAAAGUGAGCUGGCGCAAUACUUUUACAACUAUGAGCAGAUUAUCAGCCUCGAGGCCCCCAAGACUGAAGUGCUUGGUGCGACCACUACUAUCACACUCAUAAAUAACCUGUCUGAAACGUUACCUGUGGCAUCUACACCGAACCCCACACCUUUUGGGAACCCUCUAGAAAAGCUCUAUAAUUGCGAGGUUAUAGAACUGCCCUCGUCAUCAAAGUCAACCGGCGAAGACCCUCUAAGCGAAGAGCUCUACUUCCGCGCCCACCGCAAAUUCGAGCGCCAGGAGAAACAGCUCCGCAACAUCGAGCGAGACCGUGCUCAACACAAAGAACAACAAAUCGAACAACUCCUCGAAGACCUCCGCGGUCACGACUGGCUGCGCGUGAUGGGUCUCCCAGGAGUCCACGAUAGCGAGAAAAAGCUCUACGAACCCAAGCGCGAAAUUCUCAUCCAAGAAAUGGUGGCACUGGUAAACAAAUUCCAAGCCUGGCGAGACGAAGAACGACGACGCAAACUAGCAAAAGAGAAACCACUCCCACACGACGAAGCCGACAGACGCUCUCGAAAGCGCUCCAGGCCAGCAGAGGACAACAACGCAGACAGUUCCCCCCUCCCCGAAACACCGAGUACCCCCGAUAUCAACGACGUCGACGCAUUAGCAGCGCGUCAGCUCCACCAAGAAGCUCGCUCUGCAUCGGAUGCCAAACACCGCAAACCACUCUUAGAAAUCCGCAAGCCUAAACGUCCAGAGGCAGACGAAACGCCAUCCAAUGAAAAGGGUAACACGAAACGCCCGAAGCCUCAACCAUCCGCCCCUCCCAUCCCUGCUCCUUACUACUACACCGUUCCCGACAAGCCAUUCACAUCAUUCUUCGAAGACCGACAUGCUCGUGACGUUGCCGUCGCCGCUAGUACCGGCAACCGCCGUGGUCGCACAAACAACGUCCUCGCAUUCGGCCAACCGAUCCCUGAAGUUGAGACGGCUGAAUUCGAGCCCGAUCCAGAAUUGCUCACGGAAGAGGCGAUUCAAGCUUCGCGGAGACAAAGGCGUCUGCUGAAAAGGCGGAGUGCUGCUUGA